AUGGAUUCUAGCUCGGGCCCUGCCCCAGGACACGAAGACGUUAUUAUGGAGAUCUUCACUCCUGAGCAAAUAAACAUGAUCCUUACUGAGCUCGGAUACACCCGCCUUGCACCUCCCAUUGCAGACCCCGUUGAAGGAGCAUCCGGCUCUGUAGGGCCAUUGCCUCAUGAUGCAACCUAUGUACCUGCUCAAAAUGAGUCCUUCAGUGCAGGUACUACAGGUCAGUCGACUGCAUUCGACAAUUCAAUGCGGUUACAGCCAAAUGCCCCUUAUGCGAUGGUCUCUGGAAAUGUAAAAGGAUACUCUCUUUUGCGUAUGGCAACGACUCAUUAUUAUCUCAAGGAAACAUUCACUGGACUUAAUGGAAUGUCCUCUGCGAAUCUGGAUUUUCCGAUCGAUCCUGAAUUGCUUUCGUCGGAGCCUUCUCAGCCCAAAGCUUCGACUUCGGGCAGUACGAACCGGGCUUAUUAUUACUACCCUGGUCCGAACGGAAUGCACGACAACAAUCAGAGACAGACGUCUGCAGCAGGAUCCUCGUCUAAUGAGUUCUUCAAUACAUCUGCCGCCGGACCGCCGACUGUAUUCAAUAACCUAAACCAGUCCUACCAAUGUUUCGAGCAAAAUGCCCCAGUAUACAAUACGAGUGAACCUUUGCAUGGAAUUAAUGGACUUACUUCUGCGCAUCCGGAUAUUGUAAUUGACCCUUCUUUAUUAAUGCCGGCACCCACCCUGCCCGAGGUCUCAACUUCGGGCAAGCACGUUCAGACCAAUCAUUCCAACCCGGAUUCGAGCGGGGCGUACGAUGAUGAACAGCAGGACGCCUUUGCAGCUGGGCUCGAACACCAUGAACAGUCCAUCAAACCUAGAAGGAUUAGGUCGGAGCGCCAUCAGGGCUUGACAUGUCCCCGUAAAGGGAAAGAUUGCAAAUACAAUGGCACUUUUCAUGAUAAGAGGUGCCUUGCUCGACACUGGAAUCGGGAACAUAAGUCGCAGCCACGACCAUUCCUUCUUUGUCCCGGGAAUUGUCGAGACAAGGAGUUCUCCGAUGAAUUCUCUUUGCACCGCCACCUAGGGAAUGAAAAUUUCGUUGACUGUAGGAGAGAGGCACUCAAUAAGGGGUGGAUUCCUACGCAGCAAUCUCCGGUGAAGUACCUGGCAGAUUAG